GAAAUAGUCGCGCACUCCUCUCUCAAAUUUGAUGCUCGUGCUUAACGUGGAACCGGUUCCCUAAAGCUACCUCUCGGACCUGCUUUCUUUUGAGUUGCCAGGCUGAUUUGAUUCUCUCUUGUAAACCAUACAGAAUCUGGAUUGCAGAGGGAAUUUUUUUCUUAAAAAAAUUGACGGAAAGGGAAAAAAACGAGGUUGAAGUUAGAACGACCGUAGAUUAACGGGACUCCGAACAGACUGCGGAUGCGGAUACUCCAUGCCACGUGGUUUCUAGUUUAGAAGAUUUGUUUCUCUGCAGAACUAAGAAAAUAAUAUUCUUCUCUUAAUACACAGGUCAAAACUGUGAAAAACUGCUACCAAACACGGAUACACGUUAUCCAGCUAUGCCUACCAAUAUCGAAUUUUCAGUUGGAUUUAAUGAAUGUUUUAAUAGACUGUCUUCAACUUCAGUCUUCAAUUUUUUUAUUUAAACUACAUAGCUGAAGAUAGAAUUACAAAUUCCGCUGCUACCUGGAAGGAGCGACGGAAAAACUUCAUUGGGAUACAUACUCUCACACACUUCUGCAUAAUCUGCUGCUCAGGAAUGGAGAGGUUGCAGAAACUUCCGCGGGCGCCGCUCUUGUCACUACUCUCCUUGGCCUUCCUGAUGACACCACAAGGAGCCUUUCUAACGGAUGACGCAAGCUAAACAUCUGUUGGCAAGGGUCCCGAUAUCUCUAACCUACAUACGUAUGAACCACUGGCUAUAAUUAUGCUUUCGUAGUGAGAAGCCUUCAUAUUCGUCCUCAGGCAUGUUACAAUUCAAUAGGAGAUCUUGGUACUUGUAUGUUUGUAUGGGAGUGUAUUAAAACUGAAGGAAAACACUUAGGAACAUGUGCAGAUGGAUUCUUGUUUGGAAGUUGUUGCGCUCAUAAUGACUCGAAAAAUGAUUUAAUUCCUGUACCAGAUUCUACAGUAACGGAUUUUGCUCAUAAAAAACCAACUUCAAGUUCAACUACAUCUCAAUCUCCUAUAUAUGAUACUAAAGAAAGUGUAACAAUUUCUUCUGAAAAAUUAACAGCUCAUCCCGAAUCCUCUUCAUAUACCGAAGUGAAACCCAAUCACAUUCAACCUACUGUACCAUCAAGUCCUCAUCCUGUUAAACCAGAACCAACAUCAAGACCUACGUAUGCCAAGCCAGUGCCUCCGUCAAGGCCUACGUAUGUCAAACCAGUGUUUACGUCAGUACCUACAUCUGUCAAACCAGGACCGCUAUCUAGGCCUACAACUGUCAAGCCACUCGUUUCAUCAAGACCUGCCUCUAUCAAACCCGUGACACCAACAAGACCUACAUCUAUCAAGCCAGUACUUUCUACAAGGCCGACAUCCGUCCAACCAGUGUUUCCAUCGAGAACUACGUCUGUAAAGCCAGUGCCUCCAACAAGACCGACGUCCGUCAAACCAGCACUACCAUCAAGGCCUACAUACGUCAAACCAGCAUCUCCAUCGAGACCUAUAUAUGUCAAGCCAGGGUCGUCAUCAAAACCAAUUUAUUUUAAACCUCCAUCACGACCUACAUAUUUUAAACCAAAACCACCAUCAAGACCGUCUUUUGUCAAACCAGUAUCACAUACGUCUUUGCACGCUAAUUCAACUGUUCCUGUAACAUCAAAUUCUAAGCCAUCACCUGUGUCAAGACCAUCACAAACAACUUCAUCUCAAAGACCUAUAGAAGUGUCAACUACAAGAACUCCGUUUCCUAUAUCAACGACAGCUAAUCAAGGUUACAGCUUUGUCGCUCCAACGACCGAUUCGAAAGGCUGGUUUCGCCCAUCUGGUAUUCCAUCCGUAUUAGUUACGAUUACCAAUUUUCCUGCAAAGUUUUCCAGCACACGUCGGCCUCAGACAACGCAAAGAACUACAAAAUACCCAUUUACGCAAGCUUCCUGGAAACCGAGACCUCCAACUACUAAAAAACCAAGCGAAAAGCCACAGAUUUUUACUUUCACUAAUUACCAUCAAACACAACCCUCUUAUGUUGUAUCAGUGCUUACAACCCAAUCUUCAAAUUUCCAUGUGCCAAAUACUACAACAGUAAAAUCUACUCUGCCGAACAGUUCCGAACUAUAUGUCGAUACUUCUACUAAACCUUCAAUUUCCAACUCAUUUUCCUCUACUUCACAAAAGCCUACAACGGUUUACCCAUUAUCAACCACAUCGAAGUUCACAACUGAACCAAAGUUACCUCUCUCGACCAUUUUUAAACCCAAUAUUCAGUUUAAUCAUACGAGCUCUACUCAGUACUUUUGGUUUACACCUGAAAGCCAUAAGAAUACCACAACGAAAGCCCCCCCUCCUUCUGGGUUAGUAACGCAGUGGUUAAACAGUUCCUUUACAGAAGGAAGUUCACUAGAUCAAGAAAUAAGUUUCCGACCGCCAGUUAGGCCAGUACCGAGUUUUAAACCGACAAAGGAACCAGUAGAAAUAAUCACUCUGAAGCCCUGGAACCCAUUCUUUGAGUUUUCAUCAGAGCAAUUAACCACAGCCGCAUCCUCUAAAACAACGACUCCAUUACCAAUUACUCCUUGUGGAAUACAAAAUCCUCAUCCGCAAAAGAAAGUUGUUGGAGGAAAAAAUUCUGCUUUUGGAUCUUGGCCUUGGCAGGCAUCAGUACGCAGAACAUCAUUUUUUGGAUUUUCUAGUACCCACAGAUGCGGAGGGGCUCUCAUCAGUCGACAGUGGGUAGCAACAGCUGGGCAUUGUGUUGAUGAUUUGUUGCUAUCGCAGAUAAAGAUACGCGUUGGAGAAUACGAUUUUGCGAGCGUUCAAGAACCGCAUGGAUACGUAGAACGUGGAGCAAAGAAGAAAGUAGUUCAUCCUCGUUACAAUUUCUUCACGUAUGAAAAUGAUCUGGCUUUAGUUCAACUGGAAGAAGCUAUAGAUUCACAAAAGUAUCCACAUAUUUCUCCUAUAUGUUUGCCCCCAUCCGAAGAAAGUCUGGUUGGAAAAAAUGCUACCGUUACUGGUUGGGGUAGACUUAGUGAAGGAGGUGUUUUACCAUCGAUUCUGCAAGAGGUUCAAGUUCCAAUAAUCAGCAACGAAAAAUGCAAAAAUAUGUUUCUAGCUGCAGGAAGGCAUGAAUAUAUCCCAGACAUCUUUAUGUGUGCCGGUUUUGAAGAAGGAGGAAGGGAUUCAUGCCAGGGAGAUUCUGGCGGACCUUUGCAAAUACAGUCAGAUGAAGGAUACUGGUUUUUAGCUGGAAUUAUUUCAUGGGGUAUUGGCUGUGCAGAACCGAACAUGCCCGGCGUUUGCACAAGGAUAUCAAAGUUUAAGGACUGGGUUGUGCAACAUAUUACAUGACGUCAAUUUUUGACUACCUAAAUGUAAAAUAAAGUGUUAAGUUUGAAAAACAUAAGCGCUGAAAUACGCUAUAAAAGGAAAUUGAUAUUUUAAAGACUUAAGAAUAUUUGGAACUUUGAAGUUUUAUAUUUACGUGAAUAUUGCGCUUGCAAUGUGAAGAAAAUGCAAGCAGGAAAAUUUCUUUUACUACCUUGAGUGUUAAAGACUUAUGUGAAUUGUGAAUUUUUCUUAAUGAAUAUUUAUUGUGUGAACUGUCACGAAGUUUUUCAAACUUGACUUAUUUAUGCUGAAAAUAUUUCAGUUUUAAAUGUGAUAAGACGUCUUACGCAAGGAUAGGAAUAUUUCUUUUAUCGAUAUGAUUAUAAAAUAAAAAGGGGCCAAAUAAUCUCAAUGGA